AUGAGGGAGGAUAAGAAGGAAAUGACUCAGUGCAGUUACCCUGAAAACAAUCAUAGCAUCAUUGUGGAGAGGCACAAAGACAGCUUAAUCAGAACAUGUCCCACAUGUGGUCAUCAUAUCAAAAACCAAGAGCAGGCUGCUGGAAUUCAUGACUUACCUGGACUACCUGCUGGAGUGAAGUUUGACCCUACUGAUCAAGAGAUUCUUGAACAUUUGGAAGCCAAGGUGCGCUCUGAUAUUCACAAGCUUCAUCCAUUAAUUGAUGAGUUCAUCCCUACACUUGAAGGCGAGAAUGGAAUCUGCUGUACCCAUCCAGAGAAGUUGCCAGGAGUUAGCAAGGAUGGCCUGAUCCGACAUUUCUUCCACCGGCCUUCCAAAGCAUACACGACAGGAACAAGGAAAAGGAGAAAGGUGCACACUGAUGCAGAUGGCAGUGAGACCCGGUGGCACAAAACAGGUAAGACUAGGCCAAUCUAUAUCAGUGGCAAGUUGAAAGGGUACAAGAAAAUUCUUGUGCUUUACACUAACUACAAAAAGCAAAGAAAACCGGAGAAAACAAAUUGGGUCAUGCAUCAGUACCACCUUGGCAAUAAUGAAGAGGAGAAGGAAGGGGAGUUUGUAGUCUCCAAAGUUUUCUAUCAAACACAACCUAGACAAUGUGGUUCACUCAUGAAAGAUUCAUUUCCUGCAAAACCAAGUGGCCAAGGCAUGCACGAGGUAACUAAUCAUAAAAACAGUGGGUUUGUCGAGUACUACAAUACUUCUUUCAUACCCUUUGAUCAAGGGGACCAACAUAGAUCUAACAGUACUCAAAUUUCCCAUUUUUCUGUCCAUGAUGGUGCUUCUUUCAUUCCUUAAAAGAAGCAGUGGAAGGGAAGAGGAAAUGUUAGAUGCCAUGAAAGGAUAUGGAAUAUUAAAAUUGUAUUCUGCAAUAAUGAAAUAAGUUAAUAACCAACACUAGUUAGGUGGGGAAAAGGCGGUACAGAAUAAGGAGAAUCUGCUUCAUCUGAAAGCUUAGUGGUCAGAUACUUCUAUUGAGACAAACAAGACUUGGCGAAGUAAAGAAAUAGAAUAUUUAGCUGUAACUGUGUUUUCUUUCUUUCUACUAA